ACAAAACUCUAAACAUUUCCCAUCAAUCCACGAUCGCUGUGCUUUGUGCUCCCGAAUUGCGACCAGCUGGACUGGGGGGCAAUAUCAUUCCGAUAAGACAGCGCUCGGCUGCAUCUCAGUCGUUCGAUUGUCGCCAUGAAGUCGACCGGCCUAGGGCUGAUUCUGGCUUUAUUCGCCAUUCAGGCGUACGCCAAUGUUUACCAAGGGGGAGCAGCAGAUCUUCAUUAUAGAGCCAAAAGAGCUGCAAAGGAAUUGCAUGAUUGGGUAACUGCGGAACAGAAAGAAGUGCUUCUAGGGCUGUUCAGAGAUGAUCCACAGCAAUUUCACGACAAGACCGUAGAAUUGUAUAAGCAACUACCUCAAGAGAAACGAGAUGAGUGGGAUAAAUUCUACAAAAAAGCAUGCAUCGAAUGGAUCAUGGAGGUCACAACUAAAGAGGAGAGGAACGAACUGAAAGAGCUAAUAGAGAAAAAGGAUAAAGAAACUAUCAUGAAAAUGAUCCACACCUAUAGGGAACGUCUAUCAGAAGACAAUAGAAAAUGGGUUGAGAGAUUUGAGCCAGAAUGUCUCGAACUCUGGAAGGACGAUUUAUCACAAAAGCGACGAGAUCUUGAUAAGAACUUUGAUGAAUUCACAAAAUGGAUGACAGAAGAUCAGCGGAAAACAAUUUCGGAAAUGAAGGACUCUGGAAAAUCUGAUGAUGAUCUUCGAACAAAAGCUAAGGAAUAUUUUGAAGCUCUUCCAGCUGACAAACAAACCGAGUUGAAGGAGGAAUUCAAAGGAAAAUGCAAGGCAUUCUUCAAGAAAAUCUCAAAGCCCGAAGAGAUGGAAAAGAUGAAGACAUUGCACGAAGCCGGUAACGAUGAUGAGGUUCGUACAAUCGUAAAAGGCAUCAUUGGACGUCUCACCGGUGACGAGAAGACUCUCGCCGGCAAAAUGGAAGUGUUUUGCCAUGAUGUCUUUACUGCCAAAGCAAAGAGGAGACGAGACAUUGAUGAGAAAAUCAACAAGAGACUAUCAUGGAUGACAGCAGAUCAAAAAGAAGAAUGUUACAAGUGGAUGAACGAUGUGGCUACUGAACAUGAAAUUGCUGCUUUGCAUGAAAUGCACGAACGAGACCAUGAUGGUUGUAAGAAGAGAGUCAGAGAGUUUAUUGCGCGUUUGCCUGAUGACAGAAGGGCUGAAGUUGAGAAAAACCUUCCUUUCUGCGAAAAAGUUUGGUACGGUGACCACGAUCAUCAUGGUCAUGACCACCAUCACGGACACCACCGUCGCCAGAUUGCUGUGAGAAGACGUCGUCACUUGAAGGCCAUCGAUAAGUACCUGGACUGGCUGACCCCAGAACAGAGAAAUACGCUUGUGGACAUUGAGAAGAGUGGAGCAGAAUUUGACAGCGUCAUUGCAAAAGUGAAAGAGUUCUACGGUAAACUUGGUGAAGAGAAGAAAGCGGAACUCAAGGCAAAUUUCAAGUCACAAUGCUCUGCGUGGGUGAAAGAAGUGGCGACUCCGGAAGAGAUGGAAAAGAUCAAGGAAAUGCACAAAAACAAGGACCACGCCGAGCUCAAGAAGAAAUUGGCAGAGUUGGAGAACAGAUUGACGGAGGAACAGAAACACACCGUUGAGCAUGUUCGAGAAGUCUGUCUUGGUGUAUGGGAAAUUCAGAAUAGCCGCAGAAGAAGAGGUCAGGAAUACUUUACCCUAGAAAAAAUUCUUGACAACUACCUUACAUGGCUGACUGAUGCUCAAAAGGAGGAGCUGAAAUCUCUCAAAGCUGCAGGAAACAAAGACAAGAUUUAUGACAAAGUUCUUUCCUACUUAGACAACGCUUCAGGAGAACAAAGAAAGAAGGCUAUCGAAGAUUUGCAGAGCGGAUGCAAACACUACAUUAGAAAUAUUGUUGGUGACGAAAAGGCCGAUGAGUUCAAGCAAAUGAAGGAAAGCGGUGUUUCACCGGAUGAAAUUGCAAAGAAAAUCGAGGUGCUUGUUGAUGGACUCACGAAUGAGGAGGUAAAAGCACAAGCGAAGAAAGUUGCACCAGUUUGCAAAGCAGUCUAUUCUGCUGCUAAACGCUUCAGAAGGGAACAUCAUGAACACAAGUUGGACGAGGAAAUGAAGAAGUACUUAACGUGGCUUACAGCGGAUCAAAUGCACAAAACUGGAGGAGAAGUUUGA